AUGGAGGUUGAUUUUCUUCAAUGGGAGCAGAAGUCACGAAAGGACUCUACAGACUUGGCGGCAGAUAUCACUUCCUUAGGUCCUGCCAAAGAAAAAGCUGUACCAUUGUCGCCUGAUGAUCAGUUUGAACUUACUGGAAACAGCACAACAGCUACACAUUUUCGCCCUCCUACAGUGCAGUUUAGCGGACUUUCUAAGUCGCCAAUUAUCGAACUACCACCAUUGAGCAUUUCAGAUAACACAGAGUCGUCUGCAAACGAAUCAUCAGCACCCAGUUCUGCAGUUUUCCUUUUAGGAUCGCAACCUGGCGCAGCAUCUUCGACUCGCCUACGUCUAAACUACCUCGUUUUCGCAAACCUCGGUCAACUAAUUCAUGUUGAACCAGUUCAUGAGGAUAAUCAUGAGGAUAACGUCACAGUGGUGAACAGUCACAUCGCUUGCGUUUACGUUGGUGAUGGCACCAAGAGUAUAGAGUAA